CACUGGGUUUCACUAGAUAGCACAGCCACGAAGUCAAAAGAUUUAUGAAAAUAAAMAUGUGCUUUUUGGUCUUACUUUAAGGUUAUGUCUAGGCAUAAGGUUAGCAGUGUGGUUARGGUUAUGGUCAAUGUUAGGUUUAAUAUCACAUUUUAAGAAGAUCAAUUGUAGAAAUGUGCAGAGAUUCUGACUUUGUGACUGUGGUAGCUAGUGACGACYAAARCACUGGUAGGUCAACGUGUKGUUGCUUUGGAGUAUAUUAUGACAAAUGACAGAAUUAUCCUUAUUUUCUUUAUUYCUAAAAGUAAUACUCAGUUAUGAAAGUGUUUGGACCAAUAGUAGAGGACAACAGCAAAGACGAACGAAGCAGAUUUAUGUACAAAUAGCUAGCUAUCAAGAAUUUGCUCCUGAAUGCCACAACCUCAAACAGUCUAAAUAGCCCAAAGUGAGUGUCAUAGAAUAAUCAGCAUCAGCUUUGUUUUGGUUCUGUCUUGUUGAAUGAACUGAAAUGUGUCACAAACCUCUAUUGAAUGCCUGUUGUCUAACGUUACAUCAUUAUCAGACUCUCUCCCCUAGAGAAGGGACCAGUGCCAGACAAUCAUGGGACCCUCAGUACUCUUUCCGCUUCUCCACGGCUUGUCCUCCCCCUUACGAACUGUCACCCCAACAUGGGGCCGAUGCCUCCUCCGCCAGCUACCCCCACCAUCCUGCACUCAUACCCCUUGUACCCCCUCAUUCCCUGGGCUUAACUCCCAACACAUCCGUGGUAUGUGUGUGGAAUCCACCCUCAGCCACAUCAAGGAGCUGAGUCCACCAGAGCAGAGGCUGUUGAAUAAGCUGUAUGAAGGACUGAUCUCAGGUCAGCGGGCCAGUCUGGCCGAGUCCAUUACCCUGGUGGAGACCCAGCACCUCAGGAAGAAAGAGCUGGCCCAGGUCCUGCUGCAGAGAGUACUGGCCUACAGGAAGGAGCAGGAGAAACAGAACGGAGGGAAACCCCUGGCCUUCAGAGUGGGUCUGUCUGGCCCACCCGGAGCUGGGAAGUCCACCUUCAUUGAGGUGGUGGGGAAGAUGCUCACAGGACAAGGACAUAAAGUCUCUGUUCUGGCUGUCGACCCCUCAUCAUGCACUACAGGAGGGUCUCUGAUGGGUGACAAGACUCGUAUGACUGAGCUGUCCAGAGACAUGAGUGCUUUCAUCAGACCCUCCCCCACCUCUGGAACACUGGGAGGAGUCACCCGGACCACCAAUGAGGCCAUAGUACUGUGUGAGGGGGGCGGAUACGACAUCRUUCUGGUAGAGACUGUAGGUGUAGGCCAGUCAGAGUUUGCUGUGGCUGACAUGGUGGACAUGUUUGUGUUGCUGAUCCCACCAGCAGGGGGCGAUGAACUACAGGGCAUUAAGCGAGGCAUCAUAGAGAAGGCAGACCUUGUGGUGGUCACUAAAGCAGACGGAGACCUGUUAGUUCCAGCCAGGAGAAUCCAGGCAGAGUAUACCAGCGCUCUGAAACUGCUCAGGAAGAAAUCAAAGUCCGGAACCUAAGGUGGGUUGUAUUGGGUUGAUGU